UGGCGCACACAGUCAAACCACUACCGCUCGUAAAAGGUUUGGGUGUGCUUGUUCGUUGUGCAGUGGGUCCGGGAUGGCCGCGCCUUCCCUGAACGGCCGGGCUCUUUUUCUCUGCGAUUAUGCAGACUCAGAGUUUCGUUCGAUACUGGAUUUUGACGAAUUUCAAUCUUUUGAUUUUGAUUUUGUCCCGCGAAAGCCCCAAGAACUGCUCCUCGGUGCCUUUUUUGAUAUACGAAACCAACAUUCUACUUGUUCGACCUAUGUUUCCCACCGCGAGCAUGAUUCCAUCGUGUUGGCUAAAGCCGGUAGCCCGGGUCUACCGUGCAUUUUGCUUCGUGUGUUGCUCUGCGGUUCUGAGUGCACCAGAGCCUGCAACAGCCGUGUCCGUACGAUUCCGAUCGGAUAAAAAGGGACUCACAGCCUCGUCAGAGGAAGCCACAGGAACAUAUCGGCAACCCGAACCGGUUACGGCCUGCCCGCACUGCGAUUGCUGCCGAGACGGGUUGGAGUGCUGUGGCGGGUGUAUGCAGUGGGGAAAGCUGAUCUGCGGUCUGAAGCGUUUCCCAGAACCGACGCCCAGUAGUACAAGAGCGCGACUACACUCUCUCGCUGCCUUACCAAUUGGGACCCGGGUCCCGAUGCAGCAGCGAAUGGACGACCACAGCUGUCGCGCGGAGGAGGAUGCAGGGAGAACCACUUCGCACCCGCAUCUGCAAAUCGAGAAAGAAGGGCCAGAGGAUGUCCAUGCGGAUGGAGUUUGUUCAUCGUCUUCUUCAAGCCUUAUUUCAUACAAUAAGGCCGCCCGCGCUGUGACAACUUUGCUCACUCCCAGAACAGCUACGCGAAUAAAAAUCCAGUCCGCGUCGCGCCGGAUUGAUGCACUGGGGCCCGACAAACACGAACCUUCUCCGGCUCGGUCAGAAGACGAUGAGAUGAAGCAGGUUGCGUGUUGCGUUCGUCAAGCCUCCCGGUCCACCACGAUGGAAGACCCAGACGAGCAGGCUUUUUCCGCAAUCUCAUCUAGGUCGUCUUCCCCCUCGGGUUCACCGGAUAAUGAUGUUGAAGGUUUGGAAUUGUUUCCAGACCCAGACCAAAGCGACAUCAUGCAUCAAGCAGAGCAGCCAGAGUUGCGUUUGCGGUACCCCAUCGCGGGAUCGCACAUCGAUUGACGACUUCUUUUGUCGGCAUGCUAGCUCGAUUGGCAGUCGCAGUAUUGUAAAGGUUUUCGGAGCGGCGAGAGCAACUCACUUUCCACAAUCUUUCUUAGCUCGCUGCGGUUCACAAACUAUCACAAUGAAUGCACCCCCCGCGCUUUUCCAGAAUCUCGCUGCAAAAAGCAAACACCUUCAUCAGCUUUUCUGACAACACGCAAAUCCGCUAGUAGUUUUUAUGCCUCGGAACGAUCAUGGGGAUCUCAUCUAAAAUGACAAUCGUGAAACCGGAGUGGAAGUACCCAUUGUAUCACGAAAUAAAGAAUGAACUUGCUGAAAAAAAGCCCAAAGACAGAAGAAAUUUACUUGAAAUAGAGAACAAGAACAACAGAUUGAUAUAGGUUUAUCUAUGGGAAACAUCCG